AUACUCAUUUCGUCAACAAAAACAAUGCAAAGUUAGAAAAUAUCAGUUUAUCUUGUUAUCUGAAUAUAAUUAUUAAGAAAUUAUAAAUAUUUUAUUUAUGAGUGACAUAUUAAUGGAAAAUUUUAAAGAUUAUGGAAAAUACGAAUAUAUGCUUCGCAGGCAAGGGCAAGAAAAAAUAUGCUUCGGAUCCGGUUGUUCACGAGAUACGUCCUCCAAAAAGGGGAUGAGCUCUUUCAUGAGACACUAUUCUUUAGAGGAAUAUCCUAACGUCUCUCCAUGUACAUAUAAUGUCCUGGAUUCUUAUAACAGCAUCCACUAUAGGCCUUGUUUAAGCAGUAUAAGCAGAAAAGGUUACAGUGGUCUUGCAAGAUUUAGAACAACUGUUCAGCACAAUGAAAAAAUGCCAGCUCCUUGUGAUUAUUCACCUUCAGUGCCUUUUUACCCAGAGAAAAAAGAAGCGAAAGCCCCCUUUUCUUCCACUUUGAAACGAAGAACUUUUUUAACGAAUAAAAAUCCUGGACCUGGAGCACACAAUCCUUACAAGCAAAGACAGACUAUUUCUUUCAACCGCAGUUUCGGUGGACGAGUUCAAAUGUGCCUUCCAGUUGAACUCAAAUGUUGCAGUCGCAACACCGACGUUUGUAAAAUCUGUGAGGAAACUCCCUUCGGAGACUAUUGGCACUGGAACAAUCAAGUUUUUCUCUGUAGGCCUUGCAUGAUCGAAGAAGGCAAAAUUCACUCGCAAUUCAAGAGAAACGAACUUUCUAAAUUUCGUCGACUACGAGACUGUUCAAGAAUUCAUUCCCAUGAAGGAACAGCUGCAAAAGUCUGGCUAACUCAUCCAAAAGAAAUUGUAAAAUGGGCUCAAAGAGAGGCAUAUCUUUCUUCUUUUUUGCCCGACUAGGAGACAAUUUCUCAACAAUUUUCAGAAAUCGAUCAAACCCAGUUAUAAGUUUGUGCAUUUCUAGCUAUUGAAAAAUCGCAAUGAAAAUAAAGACGAUAAUAAACACUGGACUAUGUACCUUGAUAAUUAAAAAAAGACUAGUGUGAAUCUAACAUGUAAUCUAUUCUCAAUCAACAUUACAGUAAGUCACUUUAUACCUAUAUCCAAUAUAUUUGAGCGCUAUUUACAGACAUAUUGUAUAAAAAUAUUGACAUAUGGUUGCAUGUAGAAGUUUAUGUGUAAUAUAUAAUAAUUAUUAACUAUAGUUCGUCGCACGAAUUUUAAGCGACAUAUAGAAUAAUCAUCUGAUAUUAUUACGUAUACGUGGUUAUCAGUCGAUAGAGAAAGAACACUUUUCGUAGAGGAAAUUAGGUUUCGUAUAUCAGUACAAUUCACAGAGCCGAGUUAGUGUCCAUUUAACACUCAUCACUUUGUAAAAGAUUAGUAAUGAAUAGAUUAUUAUAAAUACAGAAU